UUCAUUUGAUCAGCGCCACUGGAGAUGCCGCCAAAACACAUAAAGUCGUCUGCUAGAUCUGGACACGUUCUCUCUCAAUAUCUGGAAUUUUCAUCAGGAUCUUAAAUGCAAUUUUUACGUGGUGGGAAUACAUAUUUCCAUCAUGAUUUUUAUCUAAACAGUUUAACGACAAACGCGAACCAGAUGGAUCUCAAUGCUACUUUCGACUGCAGUGGCAAAGUGAAUGUCAAUGACUGGCAACUAAGCAGGACUGGGUUGUUUUAUCACAGAGAAGUGGACAAUGCACUUUUUUCGCAAAUCGACUAUCCCUUUUCACAUGUGGAAGUCAAACUCUUUGACUGCGUCAUGCCUGGAGCAAUUGCCAUAAUGGAUCUUAAACAUCUUAUUAAUUGCAUGGAGAUGCAAUUGAAAAUAUUAAACAGACAGGAAAAGCCAAUCACAAUAUCUGGAUCAUGCAAUAAUGAUAAUGUAAAUUACUUUUCUCUAAGAAAGAUGAUUUGCGAAUUUAUUGUAUAUUUCCGUAUGUACAUGAACAGCAUAAAAUGGGAUCUUAACGCAUUAGAAAUAGUAAUGCCUGAAAUUGGAAAAGACGUGGAUAGUCUAUUUGAUAGCCUUAAACACUUUCUUAGCACUUUACAUAGCAUCCCAGAUUCGACUUUGCAUUAUGCUGCUUCUAAUAUAGGGAAUAAGUGUAAUCAGUCAGAGUUUCAUUUGUACCACAUGCAUAUAGAGUUAAGGUGGUUCUUUGUAACAUUAAUGCAUUCGAAAACUAUAUGGUUCCAAUAUCACACACAGCUGGAGGAGUUUGAAACUAUUGUUGAAAUGAUCAUCAAUGAUCUCUUAUAUUCUACCUUGAAAAUAUUUGAAAGGUUAGCCUUAAACUGGACUAUUGACCUCACGCAAAAAACGCCAUACUGCUGCACGUGCACGCGAGAAUUAUGGCUCAUGUUUCAAAUAUUUGUCGACAGUUUAGGAGAAAGGAAAAAAACUAAGAUGUUUUGGGAUGUUGUAAAUAAUUGUAUCGAUAGAAUACUAACUAAGAAUCAGUCCCAAGCGAUCUUUUGGCACAGAAGCGUAGAUUCCUCUCUGCCAGAUUGUAAAAAUCCAGAGUUAUUUUGCAUUUGGAUAAUAUAUCAUCUGUCUCUGUUGUAUGGAUACAGUAAUGAUGGCGUAUAUCUGCAAUCUAAUUCUUCAAGGAUUAAAUCUAACUGCGAACAAGUUGAAAAGGUUCUAAAAACAUAUGUAUGUAAAGGUGGAAAAGAUGGUGAAAGGGAUGAGCUUGAUGUGGAGCUUAAGAUCAUAAUACCGUUAUUACUCGAUCUUAUUAUUAAUUGGUGGCAACCACGAGUACCAAUUAUAUCUUUUCUUUGGGAUUGUUUCCACAAAAGAUUAGAUCAACCAUUCCUACUACAAACUUCUGGGCCUUGGGCCCUGUCUCUUGAAAAGAAGACAGCUACGGAUAUUUUGAAACAGAUUAAUGACAGAAUUUAUGGCAAGUUUGAACAUUCCAAAGAAUCUAGCUAUGGCAUUUUCUUACACUUGAUAGGAAUCUUUUUGAAAAAAUACGGCACGUCAGACCCGAAAUACUGGAAUCAAAUUAAGGGUCGUGUAUAUACGAAAUUUUCGAAAAAUAAAGUCGCAGAAUUCUCGGAGAGUGGCCUCUACAAUUUCAUAUCUUUAUUUAUUACUUUAGCUAUUACUGCAGAUACAAACGUUUGUAUAACAAUGUUAGAUCUUCUGCCAUCUACGCAUGAAUUGAAUAACGAUUAUAAUAAAAAAUGCAAUCUAAUUUGGAAAGGAAAAUUAGCGUGUCUUUUGCUAUUCAAUGAAAGAAAAUUAUCUGUUGGUUCCAUAGCUGGACAUUUUACAGAAACAAUUAACUUGAUAAGUUGUCGGAAGGAUGAAACAUCUCGUUCCAUGAUGAUCAAUUUUGUGGAUGUAUUGAACACGAUUUUGGCUGGCAAUGAGAAAAUGGAUCUAGGAGAGUUUAAUUUUAUUGGUGGUUGGAUCGAUCGUUAUCUUUUGGAGUGCCAAAAGAACAGAAUUGGAUCUUUAUUAGAGAUGAUCGCGAAUGUUUUCGAAAAAUGUAUCAUCUUGCAAGUUUCAUGUAACAAUUCGGAUGGUGCCAGAAAAAUGUUAGACGCACUGUGGUGUUUCGUUGCAUCCAGAGUUCGCCAACUUGUCUUCGAUCCCGUAUUUACUGGUGACAAUUAUAAAAUUAUUUCCAAACUAGCUGUCAUAUUCACUUUAGAAGCAGUUAGAGAACCAGCUACUGCUAAGAAGUAUAAACAUUCGGCUGCAUCUUUAUUUCAGCAUUUUGCAGCAUCGAUAUUUGUCAAAGAUAUAAGAAUUACUCUGUAUUAUUUAACGUCUAUUCUCGAGAAUGAAGAAGCUGUUCAAAAUUUGAAAAAGGAAAUUCCGAAUUUUGAUACUAUUCUUAUCCAAGCUUGGAUAAAAUGUUCCAUUGUUGGUUACAAUGUAAGCAAGGAAGAUAUAAGGAUUCUGCAAAAUUACAUUAUCAAUCUUAAUGAGAUUAAAGAAAUAUUCGUGUCAGAUUAUGAUAUAUACGAAUUUAAAAGUAGUGACGAACCUAUUUUAACAUUCAUAAUAUCGUUUAUGAAGAAACUAAAUAUUUUAAAGUCUGAGCAAGAAAAGCAUCAGUACAACGCGAAAUGUAAAACGUAUUUCAAGAAUUUAGAGAAAUGGAUCAUGAUACCUAUAACUGAAGAAACAAAAGAUUCGGAACUUGCAUUUUGGAUUUAUAGAUGUCUUGGUACACUGAUUCUCUGCAUUUCUCCAAUGCUAUAUACUAAAAAUCAACCAAACGAUAUGUUAAGAACACUCAUCAAUAAAAUUAUAUUAGUACCAGAGAAUUCUACGCAGUCGUAUAUAAAGCAAUUGGGAAAGAAGAUAUUCUCAAUGAUAAUGCUCGGACUGGAGAAAUUGAAUGUCAAAAGCGAUAUAUUAUUGCAAGCAAUGAUUCGAGAUAUCUUCGAUCAAUACUUGCCGAUUCUGAUAGUUGAAGUCAACAGCGGUUGCAGUUUUAAGGUAACUGAUACGUUGCUGAAAUGCUUUAAGGAUAUAAAGAACGAAUUUCUACGUACGAUUUUCGAAAUGUUGAUGUCAAACUUUUAUAAUAUAUCAUCCGACAACAUCUUGCACAAACACUCCAACUUGAUAACUUGGCUUAUAAAAACAUUGCUUAAAGAAGGAAGAAAGUAUCCCAAAUAUAUUACGGAACAUAUUAUUCAAAUUUGUUCUCCGAGCAUCUUUGGGUGUUACAUGAAGGUUCAUGAUCAUCAUCCUCACAAACUACACACAAUUGAUUUUAUCAAUGAUAUAAUAAAAAAUCCUUAUUACGAGGAAGNNNGGUUUUUCAGGGAAAAAUUCCAAACUGCUAUUUCUACUGCAGUACAAAAAUAUUUGAUGACAAAUACACAAUUUACAUUUGAGUUCAUACGAUCUAUUUUGUCGAUAAAGAAAAAUAUUAUAAUCAAUAUAUUUCCGCAAAUUGAAGCUAUUAUACUUUAUGCUGAACAAUAUAAUCGACCUAAUGCAGCAUCCUUAAGAUUCAUGUCGAAUCAAUUGAAAAAGCAUAUGUUGAACAUGGAUAAUAAUUCGUGACAGGAUCAUAAAAAUAUAUUAAUAAUUUAA